AUUGGUGAAACUAUUAAGACAUUUAAGUCCAAUUUAGCCCCCAAAAUACCCCAAAAAUGCCCAUAAAAUGGAAGAAGAUAAUGACAAGACUAGAUUUUCAUUUGACCCUUUCAGCAAAACUCUGGAGCUCCAGCCAUGGCGACUGACCUUAAAGUGAUCGGAGUGAUCGGCGGUGGGCAGAUGGGAUCCGGCAUCGCCCAGCUCGCCGCCGUCGCCGGAUUCGAUGUCUGGCACCAUGAUUCCGAUCCUGGCGCUCUUACAAGAGCAACCCAAAGUAUUUCUUCCUCUAUCAACCGCUUCAUCUCCAAAGGCCAGAUCUCUCAGGGAGCAGGUAGAGAUGCUAUAAAUCGUGUUAGAUGCACAUUGAAGUUGGAUGAUCUGCGUGAUUCAGAUGUUAUAAUUGAAGCUAUUGUAGAAUCUGAAGAUGUUAAGAAGAAAUUGUUUUCUGAACUUGAUAAGAUUGUAAAGGUUUCUACAAUUUUAGCAUCAAAUACUAGUUCAAUAUCCAUUACCCGCAUUGCUUCAGCAACUAGACGCCCCUCGCAGGUGAUAGGCAUGCAUUUUAUGAAUCCCCCUCCUAUCAUGAAAUUGGUGGAGAUAGUGAGAGGAGCAGAUACAUCUGAUGAGGUAUUUGCGACAAUAAAGGCCUUGGCGGAAAAGUUUGGCAAGACUGUAGUUUUCUCCCACGAUUAUCCUGGCUUCAUCGUGAACCGCAUUCUAAUGCCAAUGAUCAACGAAGCAUUUCACACAUUAUAUACAGGUGUAGCAACUAAAGAGGACAUCGAUACAGCAAUGAAGCUCGGAACUAAUCAGCCAAUGGGCCCAUUGGCACUUGCAGAUCUCAUUGGGUUGGAUGUAUGCCUUAAUAUAAUGAAAGUACUUCAUCAAGGGCUCGGGGAUAGCAAAUAUAAUCCCUGCCCACUCCUUGUUCAGUAUGUUGAUGCUGGUAGGCUUGGAAAGAAGAGGGGCAUUGGGGUUUAUUCAUAUAAGAAAGAGGUCCCAGCGGUUAAACCGCUGUCCUCGCUGUGAUCAAUAUCUCACAGUGAAAAUAUCUGAAGCAUGGGAUCGAGAGGAAAUUGAUGUUGUUGAAAGUAAAUUAAUACAGGGUAAGGGUAGUGCUAUGUUUGUAUGCACAACUGAUUUGGAUGUCUGUGCGCUUCUGCUCAAAACUAUUUUGUGUUGUUGUGUACUCAAAUAAAAAAGAGGAGAAAUUUGGGUGAAAUACUAUUUCAGCAAAUACUUCCAUUU